AAGUCACUUUGCCGGUCUGCAAUCGAUAUGAUUCUGCGGUAUUCUGGCGAAGCGAACGUAUCCUCUUCUUAGUUAUUUAAAUCGUAAAAAGUGAUACAACAAAUUCUCAAUAAUAGUCUAGCAACAGGCGAAUGGAUGCAGGGUGUUACUCGAUGAGAUCAUCGUCGCAAACGUGAAGCGUAUCUGAAAUGAGUCAAGGACAUAAACACUCGUGUUGUCGGACCGCAUGUUUGCACGCAUUAAUUAUAAGACUAGCGAGAUGGCAGCGAGUCAGUAUUAUCAUGUACAGUGCACACCCACCGUGUAUCCAGCCGAUCCUUUCGAUCCCGAGGCAGAUGCCAGUCUCUUACGAUCCGCGAUGAAGGGUUUUGGGACCGACGAGCAGGCCAUCAUCGAUGUCUUGGCUCAUCGGGGCAUCGUGCAACGAUUGGAAAUCGCUGACAAAUUCAAAACGAUGUACGGCAAAGAUCUCAUCAAAGAACUUAAGUCAGAGUUGUCUGGUAACUUCGAGAAGGUCAUUCUAGCCUUGAUGACACCUCUUCCCGAAUAUUAUGCCAAGGAAUUGCACGACGCUAUUUCCGGCGUGGGCACCGACGAGGGUGCGCUCAUCGAAGUUCUCGCAUCCCUGAGCAACUACGGUAUCAAGACAAUAUCGGCUGUUUACAAGGAUCUGUAUGGCACAGAAUUGGAAAAUGAUCUUAAAAGCGAUACUUCUGGUUAUUUCAAGAGGCUUUUGGUGUCAUUAUCUUGCGCCAGUAGAAACGAAAGUGCUGAUGUCGACGAGGAGGCUGCACGUCAGGAUGCCGAGAGACUUCAUGCUGCGGGUGAGGGACAGUGGGGUACUGACGAGAGUACUUUCAACGCAAUCCUUGUUACUAAGAGUUAUCCACAAUUGCGAAGGAUCUUUAAGGAGUACGAGAGUAUCGCUGGACACACAUUGAAGGAUGCUAUCAAGCGAGAAUUCUCUGGUUCUGUUGAAGAUGGCUACUUAGCUGUUGUGAAAUGUGCCUCCGACAAGACUGCUUAUUUCGCGGAAAGACUAUACAAAGCUAUGCGCGGGAUGGGAACGGAUGACUCGACAUUGGUACGCAUCAUUGUGGCGCGAUCAGAAAUUGAUCUGGGUGACAUUAAGGAUACCUAUGAGAGACUUUACGGGAAAUCUCUUGCGGCAGCUAUUGACGACGACUGUUCAGGCGACUACAAGAGACUCUUGCUUGCCAUUCUUGGAUGAAAAUAUUUCAAUUGUGCAACAGCUCCCUUUUAUUGAAAAUUAUACUUCAAUGUCGCGGAGAUUAUAUAUAGUGUUAUAUAUUUUGCAAAGAUCUUAAAUUUAAUUCUUUACGUUUUGUUGGUUAUUAAUGGUGAAUAUGAUUUUACUCGUAUUAUUUAUAUUUUGCGCUUGAUUGGAGUGAUGCUAUGUGUGUAAAACGAGUUAGAAAAUAAUAUAAAACGUGUAUAAAACGUAUCGUACACAAAUCACUGCAAUCGAAUAAAAAUCGGUCUACUGAUUGGCAUAUUGUAGUAUAAAUUGAUUAUUAAUAUAUACAAAUUUUUGGUCCCUUAUUGUACUAAUUCCAUUAAUUUGGUCUAUUCAUCACUGACUGCAUGCAUGCCUGUAUUUAUAACAGUUGAAUGUAUAUAAAUACAUAAAUGUCACAAUUUGCCUUGA